UAGAAAUCUAUAAAUAUAUUAAGCAUCUUACGGUCAAAACUUAUUUACUAAACAAGUAGUACAAAAUUAAUUUCAAUAAAUAUCAAAAAACUAAUAUAUGCAUAAUUGAGAAACUAAAUACGCAGGGAAAGAUGUUUAAUAAUUUAUGGUCAGAUUUCUAUCGAAGAUGACCAUUCGUCCAGCAUAUCGACCGAAAAUUAUAAAGAAGCGCACUAAGCAUUUUAUACGGCAUCAGUCGGAUCGUUAUGCAAAGUUAUCGCAUAAAUGGCGCAAACCUAAAGGUAUUGAUAACCGAGUGCGUCGCCGCUUUAAGGGUCAAUAUCUAAUGCCAAACAUUGGUUAUGGAUCGAAUAAGCGAACACGCCAUAUGUUACCAACAGGCUUUAAAAAGUUCCUGGUACACAACGUCAGAGAAUUGGAAGUUUUAUUAAUGCAAAAUCGUGUUUACUGCGCCGAAAUUGCGCACGCCGUUUCAUCAAAAAAGCGAAAAGAUAUCGUUGAACGAGCUAAGCAAUUGGCCAUUCGUCUAACCAAUCCCAAUGGACGCUUACGUUCACAGGAAAACGAAUAAACUAUUAUUUGAUUUUGCAAUUUAAA